CGGGCCGGGUACUGGAGAACGGGGGUUGGGGAAGCCUUAAACAAGCGAGGAGAACUUUCAGGAGUGGCGUUGCCGGCGGCCGAGGCCGCUCCCGUGCGCGUCCCCGCGGCGCUGAGCCCGUCCCUGGCUGCUGCUUGGUGGGACAGGGCGAGUGAAGCGACGAGGGUUGCGUUUCCUUCUUCCAAAAGGAUAAAAUUUCACUGUGCUCCUUCAGGUCUGAAACUUAGUAACUUCAAGAUUAUCAAAUAUAACUUCAGUGAAGCAAAACCGUUUGUUAUGGGGUACCCUAAUACAGCCGGUCUUCUCACAGAAACCGGUGUAAGAAUUUGUCUGUAUCUUUCUGGAAUUCCUAUUGGAUGCUGCCCUCUGAUGUUUGUGGAAUGAACUGCUUUUGGGAAUCUGCUUUUAGAUAUGAUUAUAUGAAAACACAUCCUUCUGAGAAAAUGCAUCUAGCAGUGGUGGCCUGUGGUGAAAGACUGGAGGAGACUGUUACUAUGUUGAGAUCAGCCGUUAUUUUCAGCAUCAAACCUCUCCAUUUUCAUAUUUUUGCUGAGGACCAGUUGCAUGAGAGUUUCAAAGACAUACUUGAAGAAUUUCCCUAUGAAGGAAAAGUUAAUUACACAUUAUAUCCAAUAACAUUUCCAUCUGAGAGUGCAGCAGAAUGGAAGAAAUUAUUUAAACCAUGUGCUUCACAAAGACUAUUUUUGCCAUUAAUCCUCAAAAAUGUAGACUCACUACUGUAUGUUGAUACCGACAUCUUGUUUUUGAGGCCUGUUGAUGAUAUUUGGUCUUUUCUGGGAAAGUUCAACUCCACACAAAUUGCUGCAAUGGCACCAGAACAUGAAGAGCCUCGUAUUGGGUGGUAUAAUCGAUUUGCUAGACAUCCCUAUUACGGAGUAACUGGAAUUAAUUCUGGAGUCAUGCUAAUGAAUAUGACACGCAUCAGAAGAAAAUAUUUCAAGAAUGAUAUGACACCAGUCCGGUUACAGUGGGGAGAAAUUCUGAUGCCACUACUGAAGAAGUACAAGCUGAACAUAACAUGGGGUGAUCAGGAUCUAUUGAACAUUAUGUUUUUUCACAAUCCAGAAAGUCUUUAUGUCUUUCCUUGCCAAUGGAAUUACCGGCCUGACCACUGUAUCUAUGGAAGCAAUUGUAAGGCAGCUGAAGAAGAAGGUAUAUUUAUUCUUCAUGGAAAUAGAGGUGUUUACCAUGAUGAUAAACAACCAACUUUUAGAGCUGUCUAUGAAGCGAUAAAAAAUUAUUCAUUUGGAGAUGACCUGGUUCAUUCGCUGCUGCAGCCCCUAGAACGGGAAUUACAGAAAACCACACACACAUACUGUGGAAGAGUAUACAAAGUAUUCAUAAAGCAGCUAACAAAAAGCAUAAGAGACUUGUAUGCCAGAAGAUCAAAGGGAAGGUGAUUUUUGACUCCUAGCUGUUGCAUCAAGAGACUGAAUUAACAUAGGUGGUCAGAAGGUGCAAGAAUUCUAUUACAGCUUGAAUGGGCUUUUAAUGUGCCCAGAAAAAAGUUUACUAGCAUACAUAAAAAUGAAGUAAAUAUUCAUGUAAUGAAGAGCAAGAAUUGUUUUCUGCAACGGUGACUUUCUGGUUUUUUGAAGUUUAAUCAGUGCUAAUGUUUGUCUCAUAUCUGAUGAUUUGGGUGUUACUGGCUUCUAUGGUCAGUAAUUUUAGUCUGCAUAAUUCAGUUAUCUAAUGAUAAAUGAACAAGGAAGAAAUGAAGAUGGCUCUGUUUGGGAGUGUACCUCAUAUAUUGUCUAAAAUUCUAUUAAACUGUGAAUGUAGCAAUAACUGAGUCAGCAGCACUAACCUCACUUUAAAGGUGUGAGCCUUUAUGUAAACAAAGUUGUUUACAAGUGCAGAAAAUACUCUCUUGUCAAAGAAAUGUGUUUUAAUCAUUGACAAUCUGUAUGUGCCUUUAUAUGUUCAUCUCUUACAUGUUGAAGUACUGUUUUGACAAUCUUGUUUUGUUUAUCUCAGAUGUAAACUGCACACUAUAAAUACGAUUUUCUGAGAAAUUAAUGACUAGUAUGUGAUACUAGCUUUCUCUGUUAGUAAAUACAGAGGCUUUAUAUUAAAAAUAAUUUGUUUCAACAUUUUAGAGCCAUUAGCACCAAAAGGUAGAGCAGAACUGAGGGGGUUUAAGUAAAAAUCCAGUUUGAAGUUGCUUGUCUUACAACACUUUAAAAAAAUUUCAUGGUUGUGCAGCUUUAUAGUAUAGGGCAUUUUGAAAAUAGAAAAAAAGCCCAGUGGUGGAAAGGUGUUGCUGUUGUAUUUCCAUACUAGGAAUUAUUACCUGAUGAUUGUUAUAGAGUAUGUAGUACCUAAAAGUGAAUACUGUAGUAAGAGUUCUGAUAUUCAGACUGUGUAGUAGAUGGGGUUUUUUUAGAGACUGUUUCCUGUUAUAACAUCUUUUUUUAAUAAAUGGCUUUAAAAUAGUUUUGGGGCAGACCCUCAACUACACGAACGCAUUACUGUCAAUAGGGUGAUAGUGAUUUGCAACAGGAAAGGAUUAGGUUUCCUCCAAUUAUCUUAGUGAAAAAAAGAAAAACUUCUGUUUAAGUAAUAAAAACUUUUUCUCCAGAGAAAACCAUGAAGAAAAGGGCUGAAUUCUAGUGUUACAGCAAAAUAUUUAAACUUGCAUGGUA